AUGUCCUUCACCAAGACCGCCGUCGCAACCCCCAAUGCCCCCCCGGCUCCCCCCUUCCUUUCCCAGGCCAUCGUCAUGGGUGAUUAUGUCUUCUGCUCCGGCCAGAUCGGCUGCGACCCCAAGACCGACAACCUCGUGGAAGGUCCCAUCCAAGAGCGAACCAAACAAAUCCUGAACAACAUGCGCGCUGUCCUGGAAGCUGCAGGAACCAGCUUGGACAACGUGGUCAAGUGCAACAUCUACCUUACGAGCAUGAAUGAUUACCCGGGAAUGAACGAGGUGUACUCUAGCUUCUUCAAGGCGCCAAUGCCGGCACGCACGUGUGUCUGUGUGGCAUCCUUGCCGCUGGGUACCGAUGUUGAGAUUGAGUGUAUUGCUGGUAUUCCCAAGUCUACUAGCCAGCUGUGA